UGCGAAAAUUUAAGUCAAGUGUGUCUAUUCCCCUUGGACUUCCUGUUUUGUAAAUGAGAUCUGCCUCGAGGCGUUUACGCGGAUGUACAUCCGUACCCCGUCUAUCACGAUGCUUAGAAGUCGAAAAUUUUCAGCCGUUAAAAGAAUAUAGCUGGCUUGCCUAGUGCGUUUGAGCGGACGCACGACUCGUGUUUCCCCCGGAUUCCUGAUCAUCGAGGUCCGCCACGCCUUGAACUGCACGGUACACGCCACGCCGUCACAAGUUAGAUUUACGAGAAUCAAACGCCCCUCUACCUCGUGUACGCAUACUUUCCCUACUAUAUCAUGAGGCCCGCACGCCCACUUCCCCUGAAUUGUCAACAUCAAUCCACCCGCCAUCCUCACCAGCCUCGUCAGCAUCAUUCUAUUCGGGAACGCCAGACGUCCCGUCGCAAGCGACUUCCUACAAUCUCUAUCUCCAGAAUAUUUACGGGAAAAGCGAUGCCAUCGAAAUUUAACAUCUUUCGGGCCUGUAUUUACGGCGCAGUCUUGAUAUGGACAGUGAUCUGCCUGGCUAUUGCAGCUCACUUCCAGUCUCUACUGGUCAUCACAGAUCUCACUCGUUUCGUUCCUUUCACCAUUUUCGUAUGUAGUGCCAGCAUGCUCAUUCUCAUCAUUUUACUGGGAUGUAGCAUGAUUCGGACCAGCAAUCCAAUCUCCACGAGAAUUGAGCUCGGAUGCCUCGGACUGCUUGGGACUUUCUGGCUUGCUUUGGGUGCCUUCCUAGCAAGCUCUGACUCGGAGAACGCCAAUGUAGAAUGCUAUUCGUCCGAUGCACAGACUGAUCCCAUCGAUGUUCCUGGGUUCUCUACAGAGACAUACCAAGCUCAGUAUCGGGUUCUAGAGGCAUUCUCACUUUUCAAUGUUAUUUUGAUAUUGGCGUUCUUAUUGUUCUUGCUGGCGCUCGCGGUAAAACAUCAUCUCCACGUCAACCGCAACGUGUGGUACAUUGCCGUCACCGAAUACCCGUGGUUCGGAAAGAAUAUGUCCAAGUUACCAGCACCCGUUAGUAGUCGAUCACGAUCAAGAGGCAGGACCUACGAUGAGAAGAAUGCCUCAGCACCCUGGGGGUAUGAGACAAGACGCAGCGACUCACGUUACCCUGGAUGGUCAGCUCAAGGACAUAACGCCCCAGCACCCGCACACACAGCGGACAAGUAUAAGAGGAAUGCGUCGCCCAGGCGGUGACCGCUGUAUAUGUUUCACAUUUGGGCUUUAUUGGUGCAUAGAAUGUCAUGACCUGUGUUUGCUUUGGAAAUCUAAUAAAUACAGUUUGUACUACAUACAUAAGAUAGCAUGAUAUCACAAACUUUGUUCUUGUGGUCUUGAAUCGUAGCCUACAAGCGACGGGUUCGUGCAGAGUGCACUUUCGUCCUCAAUAGUGACCACUUUUGGCGACCAAUUUCUUGGCUCUGCGUUUUUGCCUGCAUGUUGUUCAAGCGCUCGAUGCCACGAGGUGCCUGAAGUUAUGGGCUAUAGAUGGCUAAAUAUAGCAUUCAUUGAGAAGCGUCUC